CGCACAGUGGGGAAGCAUGCAUGGCGGAGCCGGCGCUGCGCUGACUUGGUUUUCUUCAGGCCGAACUAUACGACUUUCCACCGAGCCUGCUUACAUUUGCCUCGUUUUAUGCGACACAUCGAAGUAUCUCCGUCCAUGCUGAGGUUUUUAUUAACUCGGUUUAUGCCACGGCACAUUUGAAUGACUCCGGUCCGAGCAAGGAAAGAGCUGAUCCUAGUUAUCCAGCCGUGACAAUCCAGCGACAACGCCGAAGACACGGACACAGAUCCGAGGGAGGACAACGUCAAGGAAGACACGGAACUGUCUGUAGCGCACAGGUUCUUUGGAGUUACUUAUUAUUCCAAAGUUCUGGAACAAUUGAACAGAUUUAUGCAUGGACUACCCUGUUAUUACCUUUAAUAUCAGCAAUUAUAUAGCCGCGUAACCUAUAGUUGCAGAAACUAUUAGUGCGCAAAUAAGAGUUGUUCCGAGAUCAUUAUUCCUCAUUGUGUUUAAAAGGCUAUUCAUGGUAGACCUACUGAAGGAUACCUUUUUUAAGGCUCUAAAUUCACGUGUAUAAUAUUUGUGGCAUUCCACAUCUGCGGUUGAAGAGGAUGCGCUUGUUGCUAUGAAUACAUUAUACGAGCAUUGACUGAAAUAAUAUUUAUUUCAAACGGACCCUCAACUAAUAUUGCAGCAAUUUUUUUUCACCUGAUUGCAAUUAUUUUGUAUUCCACAAAAAACUGAUUGUGCUUUUCUAAAACUGAAUGCAAAUACUGAACUUUUUCCAAAUGCCAAUUCAAGCUUCAGCACAAUAACUUCCUCGCGAAGUAAUCCAAUCAGUUCGUUAUAACUAGAGAGGAAUCAACUGAGAUAUAAGGCAAUUAUAAUUUAAAAGCCUUCAGAUGGGAAUAUCAUUUCAUUCUGUCUGUUCAUUCGAAUAAUUCUAUCGCGCGAGACGCUGCAUCGAGAGGGACUUUGGCGCAGGUGGAAAUGAUCCUGUUCGUUUCCCUGGUGUUAUGGAUGUGUGCAUAUGGCCAAGAGCCGGCGUCCAAGGUGGUGUCCGACCGCUAUGCCGUCUACUGGAACCGGACCAACCCCAGGUUCUACCGGGGUGACUACCACAUCGACGUGUGUAUAAAUGACUACCUGGACGUCUUCUGUCCCCACUACCUGGACUAUGUCCCUGAAGAGCGGAUGGAGCGCUACGUCCUCUACAUGGUCAACUACGACGGCUACAGCUCCUGUGACCACACCGCCAAGGGCUUCAAACGCUGGGAGUGUAACAGGCCCCACUCCCCCAACGGACCCCUGAAGUUCUCCGAGAAGUUCCAGCUCUUCACCCCCUUCUCUUUGGGCUUCGAGUUCCGCUCCGGCAGAGAGUACUACUACAUCUCAUCCACCGUUGCUGACAAUGGAAGGAGAAGUUGCCUUCGACUGAAGGUGUUCGUCAGACCAGCAAACAAUUGUGUGAAAACUGUCAGUGUUCACGAUCGGGUCUUUGACGUCAAUGAGAGGGUGGACAAUUCCCUAGAACCAAGAGAUGAUACCAGUCACGAAUCAGCCGAGCCGUCCCGAGGUGACGUCAACUCGGUGGGCCGGGUUCAGACCACUGGUCUGCUGGUCACCUCCGCCCUUGUUCUCUGUGCAGCCAUCUUGUCUUUAUAGCGCCCAGCCUGAGGGUUUUAGACAGGGCGGACCUGACUGGAACAUACAACCCCCAAGGUGCACUUUUUAAAAGGCAGUCUGAGUGCCGGGGAGAGGUGGACUUCUAAGGGGGAAGACCUUUUUAUAAACUUUGCUUUGGGGAGUUAAGAUGCCAAAAGCCCUUUUGACUCUCAUUUUGUCAUUUUACUUUCCUGUAGAUGUUAAUAUUUGAAGGUCCCCAUCAUUUGCCGUCCCCAUCAUUCAUCUCUCUCUCUCUCUCUCUCUCUCUCUCUCUCUCUCUCUCUCUCUCUCUCUCUCUCUCUCUCUCUCUCUCUCUCUCUCUCUCUCUCUCUCUCUCUCUCUCUCUCUCUCUCUCUCUCUCUCUCUCUCUCUCUCAAGAUGGAACAAGAACUACUAAAAAUAACUUUUUCUCAAGCCCCCAAAUGACUUUGAUUGAGAAUAUGAUGAAGUUUUACAGCGAAUAACUAUGAUCAUUUGAAGAUGGCUUGUGACUGAUCAGAUCAGCCAAUGGCAAUGAAGCAAAGGAAUACUGGCCAAUCAAAUGUGGCCAAGACAUACUGGCCAAUCAAAUGAGAACAAGGCAUGCUGGUCAAUCAAUGGUGAAUCAAGGAUCCAGAGCCAUGGUUGUUGCUUGGAGAAGUCCUGUUGCCAAGGGGAGGGGGCUCUGUCAUUUUCUUGCCUUUGAAGAGUCCAUUAGAAGUUCAUGAGAUGGGGGUUGGAUUUGAUGGUUCAGAGACUGGGAGAGAACAAUCUUAGCUGAACCGGAAAAAAAGAAGCACUCAUGUUUAGCAAUUUGUGUCCUUUUAGGAGAAUUAGUGAUCAAUUCAUGUAUUUUUUAAAUGAAUCACGUAAUUCAAAUUUAGCAAGCAACACGGGUGUAUAUUUGCGAGGAGCCUGGGAGUUGAUAUGGUAUUUUGUCAGGCAAAUGUAUUUUCCUAUUUAUUGUUGAGUCCUUGUGCUCUUUCCCUUUUCUGAUUGUUCUGGUUCAGUCACUGUAACUAGUGCAGAGACAAGCCCAAAACAUCCCACCACUUAAAAGCACCAGUCUCUCUUUUUAUCUUGGAAAGGUGUAGUUAUAUUUCAUACACAUGUAAUAUCUGGGCUUGGACACAAAAUGGAAUUGGAUUGUUUUUAUCUAACAGAGUUCAGGGAAGAGGACAUAGUUGGAUGUUGUAUCAGGGUGUAAGAAUGUGUGUUAUAAAUGUGUUUCUUCCCUGUAACAGUAAUCACAAACUCUAUGUGUCCUAACAAGUCAGCCCAUAUUACCAUCCACUACUUCUUUUCAACAUUGUCAUAAUCUCUACAAAACUACAAUUAUGUACUGUACAUAAACAAAAAGUUCAGGGAUGACUCUAUAACUAGUACGAUUAGUUUCAAUUAUGUUCUUAGUAAUAUUCUUGAGUUUUUCCCCAAGCAAACAACAAAAACCUUCAUUGAUAUUGAUAGGUUAGCGACCAUUCAGUGAUGAUCAACCCACACGUUCCAAAAGGUCCAACGUUUCUCCAAAAGUUGAAGGUAGGUUGUGGCAACGUUGGUUUCAUCUGUAGCAGCUGCAGCUCUAGUGUGAUUUAGCCGUGUCUUUGAUGUCGUGAGGAGCGGUGUCCAAGCAGACCACAUGCUGGGGGGCCAUGCGCUAGUUAUUUCUGGAAUGAGAAAAAUCGACCACCAGGAGGGAGAACGAGAGAGAGUGAGGAAGAGAGGUGUCCUGUUCAGCCUCUGGAUAGGUUCACUAGCAGGGAGAGAGAGGUGUCCUGUUCAGCCUCUGGAUAGGUUCACUAGCAGGGAGAGAGAGGUGUCCUGUUCAGCCUCUGGAUAGGUUCACUAGCAGGGAGAGAGAGGUGUCCUGUUCAGCCUCUAGAUAGGUUCAUUAGCAGGGAGAGAGAGGUGUCCUGUUCAGCCUCUGGAUAGGUUCACUAGCAGGGAGAGAGAGGUGUCCUGUUCAGCCUCUGCAUAGGUUCACUAGCAGGGAGAGAGAGGUGUCCUGUUCAGCCUCUGGAUAGGUUCACUUGCAGGGAGAGAGAGGUGUCCUGUUCAGCCUCUGCAUAGGUUCACUAGCAGGGAGAGAGAGGUGUCCUGUUCAGCCUCUGGAUAGGUUCACUUGCAGGGAGAGAGAGGUGUCCUGUUCAGCCUCUGGAUAGGUUCACUUGCAGGGAGAGAGAGGUGUCCUGUUCAGCCUCUGGAUAGGUUCACUAGCAGGGAGAGAGAGGUGUCCUGUUCAGCCUCUGGAUAGGUUCACUAGCAGGGAGAGAGAGGUGUCCUGUUCAGCCUCUGGAUAGGUUCACUAGCAGGGAGAGAGAGGUGUCCUGUUCAGCCUCUGGAUAGGUUCACUUGCAGGGAGAGAGAGGUGUCCUGUUCAGCCUCUGGAUAGGUUCACUAGCAGGGAGAGAGAGGUGUCCUGUUCAGCCCAGAGGUAAUUUUUUACCACCAGAGGACUGGAAUGAGUAAUGAGGAGAGAGAAAAGGCCAGCUGAGAUCAAUAGUGGGCUUCUCAAACACAGGAACACGGUAAAUAUUUCCCUCCACUGUCUGAUACACAGUCUAUUUAGUGUACUGACACCAACUCACAUCCUUUGUAAAGGGGAUGGACUAUCACUGAGAAAUACAUUAGCCUCUGCCUCUGUUGGCUGCAAGUGUGGGAUUCAGUUUGAAAAAGUCUUUAAAUAAGAAAAGCUGAAAUUCAUUGUGACUGACAUCAUUCACUUCAGCCAGUCAAUGUUGGGAAACACGGAUCAGCUCGUCUCAUGGAUACUGUGUAUCCAGCUGUAGUCUCAUAUAACGUAGUGUUAGAGCAGUGGAUCUCACACCUCUUUGAAGGACAACCGCAGUUAACAAAGACACAUUGUUAAUGCUGUUAGUGAGAGAAUCAAGUCAAUGUUGGAUAUCAAAAACUGUUGAUUACAUUUGUUUAAUAUCUUUUAGUAGGAGAAACAUGAUCAAUGUUACAGUCCAUAUCUUUUGUGUAAAGGUUUUCACAUAUCAAUGUUAUAGUGUGUGUGCGGAGGUUGAAGUGCCCAAGUUAAGGGCUCCACUAUUGGAAGUGCACUAUAUCCAUCCAUGCUCAUCCAAGAACCAUACUGCACUCCCAUCGCCCUCCUCUUUUGACCAGAGCUUAGUAGUAUUUGCAUCUGAAAUGUGGUUUAGGCGCCUAAUGUUUUGAGUCCCUGUACAUGCUUAGUUUGUCUGUGGUCCCUCUUAAUCUUCACUACAAUGGUUUCAGAGGAAGCUUCAGUAGUCAGCAGCACCAUGUUGUUAUCUGAAUUCAGGAGAUUUUGUAAAGCUUGUUAAGUGUUGGUUUUCUGUCCAUAUCACAAUGUCAUGAAUCAGUUAACUUGUGUAAUUUUCCAUUCAAAAGUUGAUGUACAGUAUGAGAUGCAGUUGUGUUACAGGGUGAAUUGAGUCUUUUAGGAGGAGCUUUUCACCUGGCACCUGCUACUGUAGCCAUGUAGCCUGAACCUGACACCACUGUGCCCUCCUAUGUCCUCUGUCCCUGUCCUCUGUCGCUGUCCUCUGUCCCUGUUGUCUGUCCCUGUUGUCUGUCCCUGUUGUCUGUCCCUGUUGUCUGUCCCUGUUGUCUGUCGCUGUCCUCUG